AUGACUGUACAAAGGAUUGUACCAAAAGGAAGAAAUAUGAAGAUGAAAUUGAGGAAUGCCACAAAAAGCUUAAAUUAUUAUCUCACUUCAGUAGCUCCAGAAUUAUCUAUUCUAACUCUCAAUAUUAAUGGUCUCAGAGCAGAACCAUUAUCAGCCCUAAAAGGCUACCUCAAUUCAAUCACUCCUGAUGUAAUCAUGCUCCAGGAAGUUAAAAGCGUCUAUAUUGGUCCAGAUUUUCCCUCUAUAUAUUAUUCUUCAUUUACGUAUUAUCAUGAUCCAAGAGAUUCAUGUGGUGUAUCUAUUUGCCUUAACAAAAGUACUUUCAAAGAUAUUGAAGAAAUCAUCUUAGAUCCGAUCAUUAGAAGUAACGCGCGAAUUAUUGGAGCGAAAUGUAAAGUCAAUUCGAUCAAUACUCUAGUUAUUUCUGCGUACUUUCCAAACCAACCAGCUGACAGAUGUGAAUUCACAUAUAUUCUUGACGACCUAAUUGAAAAAUAUCCUAAUCACAAAAUCAUUAUUGGAGGUGAUUAUAAUGCAAUCUUAUCAGAGAAUCACUCCUCAAAUGAAUCCAGAAGAACUGAUCAAAAUAUAUUAGAUCUUAUUAACAAGAGAAAUCUUAAUUACUAUCCUUUCCCACAUUUAUCAUGGCACCUUCAUUAUACUAUUAACAAACAAUCCAAGUCUAUAAUAGACUACAUAUCCACAGAUUUUCCUAUUGCAUCUGGUGAAGUAUUGAAUGCCAAUUUCAUAUCAGACCACAAAAUGGUUAAAAUUCUACUUGAUCUCUCAUGUCAACGAACACCUUUGUUAAUUCGAAAGAAACGUAACUUCCAAGAUCCCAAAAAUAAGAAAGAAGUGUUGGCCAUUAGCAAAGAAUGUGUAUCUCAAGUUAAGAAUUUAGAAACUGAUAACGACAAAUGGCUUUUCAUUUGUGAUAAACUAGGCGAUAAAUUUGUGGAGGUCAAUCCACCUAAACUUGAUCCUAAAAUCUACAAAUAUAAUAAGCAAUACAAGAAGCUCAUGUUAAUACUUGAUAGAAGUGAGCACGGAUAUCCUUGUGAUAAGUUAUUGGCCACUAUCGGUAAAACUUUAGAACAGGUUCCAAAAUGUCUAGCAAGUGUCAAAGAGAAGAUCAAGAAUCAUAUCAAAUGGAGCCAUGACAAGGCUUUGAAUAGGAAGAUGAAAUGGUGGGAACAGAAUUAUGCAACCAACUCUAAACACUUGCGAAAGAAAAUUUACAAAACAUCAUCACCACCAUACAAAUUAUCUAUUGACGGAACUGAAAUUAAUGACCCCAAUGAAGUUGCCAAUGUGAUCAAGGACAAGUAUCAACAAAAUCUCAACUUUAGAGGAAGGAAUCAUCAAAUUGACAUUACCAAGUUUUUCAAGUACAAACAUCCAUUAAUUGAUAAUUGCAAUGACAAAAUACUCGGUAGAAUUACCACGGAAGAGAAAGAAUGGAUAAUUCAGAAUUUAAAAUCCACAGCACCCAAUGAACUAGGUUUAAGACAAAAAACCAUCAAAUACAUGUGUAACGAAUUACAGGAGGAAAUUUUUCAAAUUAUUGAAAAUAUCAUUACUACUGGAUUUACUCCUGAAUCAAUGCAAAGUGUCAGCAUUCUCCCAAUUCACAAAAAAAAUAAGGACCACUCAAACCCUGCUAACUAUAGACCUAUUGCCCUUAUGGACUCAGGACUUAAAAUAGCUACUAAAUUAAUCACCAAAAGAUUGAAGGAAGUUUUAAAGGGAAGAUUAUCAUUAGCUCAAUUUGGUGGUGAAGAUGGCAGAGAAACUAUUCACAGAGUUCUUUCAAUUUACAAUAUGAUUGCUUGGGCAAAAAAGGACAAGAAACCUUUUUACGGUUUGGCUGUUGACAUCAAAAAAGCUUAUGACUCAUUACCGAGAAUUAUGCUUCGAGAUGGACUACUAUUCUUAGGAAUUGAUGAAAUCACUGCUGAUGGAAUUCUGGAAAUAUUAGGUGAAUCUACGACAAAGUUUGUUAUACCUAAUGGUAAAUCAGAAUGUUUCACUGUGAAAGAUGGAUUGAAACAAGGUGACACCUUCUCUCCCCUUGCAUUCAAAAUUGCACUUGAGCCUCUCUUACAAUUUUUAGAAAUAACAUAUAAUGGUGCUAGUGUUGCAAAUUAUUGGAACAUUAGUACAGGCGCAUGGAUUGAUGAUUUGAAUUCAUUUUCCAAUGAAUUACCUGAAAUUGAAAAUUCUUUGCAUGACAUUGAAACCUAUCUCCAUGGCUAUCACAUGGAAUUAGAUCAUUCCAAAACUAACCUCUUCUCCGAUAAGGAAUGUAGUAUCAAGACAUUAUCUGGAAGUACGAUCAAAAGUAAUGAUUCUAUUAUUAUACUAGGUAAUAAUAUUACCAAUAAUACUGAGGAACAAAAGAAAUACACUACUUCAAUUAUUGAAGAAGUUAAAAGAAGAACUAACUCUAUUGGCUGGAAUUUUCCAAUACAGAACAUUGUCAAAAUUAUCAACACAGACAUUGUUCCGUAUGCACUGUACCACCUAAUUCCUCUUGCUAAUGACCAUCUAGAGAAACAAAUUGAUAAAUUCUUUCGCAACUUUAUAUGUGAAAGAUUAAGAACCAAGAGAAAAUUAGCUCUCGAGUGGUUUUAUACUCAUCAAGACAAAGGUGGACUUGGAUUAAUUUCUGUUCAAGAAAUGAGUUACUCGGACCUAAUGUGUAAAGUCAGAAAGUUCCUUGAACAAUAUGAUAUCUGUCUUGGAUCUUCUACAAGAUUCCUUUGUGAACGAAUCAAACAGGAGCAUGGUUUUGACAUCCUCAAUGAUCCAAUCCCUACUUGGUAUAAACCAGACCCAUGGAUUCCUCAAUAUCUCAAAAGAAUAAUUUUCAUGAACAAAUCUUCCAAUAUUAGAUUGUGGCAAUCGAGUGACCAAUGGCAUGAAAAAACUCUCAUCCCUUAUGGAAAAUUCCCUAAAGGUUUAAGAAAAUUCCUGCUCUACAAAGAUUGGAACAGAUUAAGUAUGUGGGUUCCUGACCCUAAAAAUUUACAAGUGAAAUUACAUGAUGAUAUCAAACAUUCCAAUCAUAUCACCCAGAUUCGCAACAUUCUCAAUAGCAUGGAUUUUGGAAAAAUCAAAGACGAAAGCAAAUACUACAAAUAUGUUGGUAACAACACAUCCCUGUCAAACCUCUUGAACAAAGCUACACUAAUUGGUACUGACGGAUCAUGUAACAAUAAUAUUGCUGGUUACGGUAUUGUAACUGAUCAGAAUGUUUCCAUCUCAAGUCACACCUUAGGACAAGGAACUUCCUACAACAGUGAAGUUCAAGCACUCCACACAGUUGUUAGAUUGCUAGAUAACAACACUCCUAGAACAAUAGUCAUAGAUGCGAAAAGUAUUUAUGACCAACUUUUCCAAUUCAGAAAAUCUAGAGAUCCUUAUGUUGAAGAAAUUCGUAAUUAUUUAAAAGUGAAGGAUCAGAUCAAAAUUAUGCAUGUUAAUAGUCAUACAGGUAAACAAGAUAUCUAUAGCCGUAUAAAUGAAUUAGCAGAUAGGGCUGCUAAGAAAGGUGCUGAUUGUAACAAUAUUCUUACUAAUAUUCCAUCCAAUAAUUGGUAUAUUAUUAUCAACAAUGUAUUAUACACUCAAAACACUAGACAAACAAUGUACAAACUUCUAUUUCAUCACCUCCACAAAAGAACAUACACGCCAAAGAACCUUCCUCCCAAGAACAGAAAGUUCACCAACAUUUACCCCUCAAUAGGAAUCGGUUUCAGAACCAUAAAUCUAAUAUUUAAAAUUAGAGUGAACGUGAUGAAGACUUUGGAAAAUUUAAACAAGAUAUCCAAGACGAACUUGCUAUGUCCUUGCUGUAGUAGAGAGACAAUGCAACACAUUAUUUUUGAAUGUAAAUACUAUAGUGAUAUAAGAAAAGAAAUGUUUAGGAAUUUAUAUAAUAUCUCAAUAUAUGCAAAGAAUAACAGGAAAUUCUCCAAACGACUAUUGUACCUCAUCAAGACUAAGCAAGAUAUCCAUAGCCUAACAGGUGCUAAAGUUGGAUUGGGUAAGAAAUGGGACAAAGUAUUUACCAAGGAAGCUUAUCGAUCUAUUACUAAAAUGUGGAUGAAACGAAAUCAUUUUUUCAUGGAAGAAUUGAAACUCACCUGGAAUGAAUUUGAACAGCAAUACGAUUUUAAUCCCAAUUUCAUUGAUUUGAACAAGUUUAAACUAUACAUGAAAUACCCACGACCAUGA